AUGCCAAAGAUUUAUGCAGGAUAUGUUUGGGCAGCAUCUUAUUUUCAGUCUUACUUCAAUCCACAAUCGGAACAUUCACAUCGGAAUCAUCCAGAUCGUGUAGCUAGACAAUCAACAAAUGCUCAAAAAGUUCAACUGAAUCGUAAGCCAUACAAAGAUGAUGAAGACGAUGAAGAAGAUUAUUUUAAUUUUGGUUUUGAUGUUGACGAUGACUCAAGUGAAGAAGAUGACGACAGAAAUAAAAGAAAAAGACCGCAACAACAACAAACUCAACAACAUUCACAUAGGCCGGGUAAACCUCCUCCAGAUCCAAAAAAUACAAAUGGGAGAUUAUUAUCCCCAUCUGCUAUUGAUAAAAUUUCUGAAACCUUAGGAGCUUUAAAUACGGUUGGGCAUUAUAUUGUUGAUAUAACACGCGGUCAAGAUUCAUCAAAGCCAUCAGAUUCAUUUGAAAGUAGUGGAACUCAAACGGGUAGUGUACCAGAUGCAAUUUUAACUUUAACUAAAAAUGUUCUUGGUCAAAAUGUGACUAAAACAAUUGAACCACUUAUUAAAAGACGAAUCGGUACAAAUAAUUAUGACGAUCACUUGAGGAGCACAACUGAAUCAGCCGAUGAUAUCGAUAGUAAAAAAAAGAAGAAGAAAUUAAAAAAUAAAAAUAAACCAACACAACUUCAGCUCAUUCCAAACGGUUCAACCGCUAUAUCAGCGACUACAUCAAUUCCAUUGGUAAAUUCUCAACCCGGUGCUCCUGCCCAGUAUAGACCAAUAUCGAAUGAACAAACAAGCGUCGAUAAUAAUAAAGAGAAUGAUAAUCAUUGUUCAACGCCCGAUGGUGGACCAGGAAAAUGCGAAGAUUUGAGCAGCUGCCCGGGUUUGUUGUUAGAUUUAGCAAACUUAAAAGAUUCUUUAUGUUUUAAAAGUCUAUUUGUACCUGGUGUUUGUUGCCCUGUCAGUUCUCUCCAAAAUACUAUCUUAACAACACAAAGACCUUUAAUAUUAACUACAAGACCAACAGUAGUUCGACCACCUAUUAUAAGAACCACAACUAAACCGGGACAAAAUUUAAUUUUAUCACCACAAUUACCAACCUCUACCACAAUAAGACCAGCAUUCGCAGGUUCUAUUAGUGAGCAAGUUUCAAACUUGUUGGGGGUAAAUACAAUUGAUCCAGAUGAUUGUGGACAACAAGAAUAUUCUUCUGGUCGUAUUGUGGGAGGAAUGGAAGCUCCUAAUGGUCAAUGGCCUUGGAUGGCAGCGAUAUUUUUACAUGGACCAAAGCGGACAGAGUUUUGGUGUGGCGGUUCUCUAAUUGGAGUAAAGUACGUACUAACAGCAGCACAUUGUACCAGGGAUUCUCGACAAAAACCAUUUGCAGCACGCCAAUUUACCGUUCGUCUCGGUGAUGUUGAUUUAUCUACUGAUGCCGAACCAUCUGCUCCCGUUACAUUUGCUGUUACGGAAGUUCGAGCACAUGAACGAUUUUCACGAGUCGGAUUUUACAAUGAUAUUGCUAUAUUGGUGUUAGAUCGUCCUGUUCGAAAAUCAAAGUACGUUAUACCAGUUUGUUUACCUAGACCAGGAUUCACACCACAUCGCGAUAGAUUACCUGGUCGUAGAGCAACUGUUGUUGGUUGGGGUACUACAUAUUAUGGUGGUAAAGAAUCAACUGCGCAAAGGCAAGCUGAUUUACCAAUAUGGAGAAAUGAAGAUUGUGAUAGGGCAUACUUUCAACCAAUUAACGAAAAUUUCUUGUGUGCAGGAUAUUCUGAAGGUGGAGUUGAUGCGUGUCAAGGAGAUUCAGGAGGACCUUUGAUGAUGAGAGUUGAUACUAGAUGGAUACAAUUAGGUAUUGUUUCAUUCGGUAAUAAAUGUGGUGAACCAGGUUACCCAGGAGUUUAUACAAGAGUAUCACAGUAUUUGGAUUGGAUUCGAGAGCACACGAGAGAUUAA